AUGGACAACAAGACCCCCGCCAAAAAGGAUUCCCUGACCAUCCAAGAGCUUUGGCGCCGUAUGAACCAGCCCAUCAUCCUCACACACGAGGGCCCCAUGCUUCCCGGCGACCCCAGCACCCUCCAGAAAGUCCCCGAGCUCAAGGCCACCGCCCUCGUCGCCGGCAAUCUUCUCUGCGGUCUCCGUCUCGAGAGCCCCUCCGGCGAGACAGGCAACAUGGUCGCCCCGAGCGAUCUCUGGAAGGAUGCCAUCAUCUACCAGGGUGACACCAGCGGCGAGCGACCAGCCAUCGAAUCUUCCAAGCUUCUCCGCCGCAACGUGGAGCUCUGCAACAUCCCCCUGCCCAUCACCAGCAAGCGCGUCAUGGAUAAGAAGCUGCCAGCUGGCUACCGCAAGGUUGAGAUCAAGUUCAGCUUCGUCGAUCCUAGCGAGGGGAACAGCCAGUCCAAGGGACUCAUUGAGAUUCAGGACUCUGAGGUUGAAAAGGCUUUCCUCAUGUUUGGCCAUGACCAGGACAAUCAUGGCAAAUCGCUGAUGCUUGAGGAGGUGGUUGACGGGGGCGAGGGUACUGAGGCAUGCUGGGUUGUGGACAUGAUCAACCCCUGA